AUGGGCGCGGCGUGCAAGUGGGCGGGGGUCGUCAUGGCGUUGCGCAGGCUCGUGCCCGGGCUGCCGCAGAGACCGGCGCGUGGCACGGCACAGAACGCCGACGAGCAGACACUCGCCGCGCGUCGAGCGGUCAGGGGCGUCGUACGGGAGCAGAUGUCGUAUCGGCGUUGGAUGUAUGGUCCACGCCUUUGCAAGGAGUUUAUGGAUGGUGUUCAAGCCUUCAUUAAGAACGCGAAGAAAGAUAUGGUGGACAAUGGUAUACAGUAUCUUUAUUGCCCAUGCAAAAAUUGCAAAAAUGAGAAGCGAUAUCUUCAAGAGCACGUGUUGAAAUCACACUUGAUCAAACGUGGAUUCAUGGAGGAUUAUCGAUGUUGGAAUAAACACGGUGAAGAAGGACUUAAUGAAGCAGAGAGUAGGGAUUCCUAUGUGGAGAGGGAGGUCGUCCAUAGCGUUGUCGAAGAAGAGGACGACGAUGUGGAUGAGGCGGAUAUACUAGGGUUGAGCAAUGCCGACAUCAUGGAACAGGUUGAUAACAUAGAGGAGAUGGUUUGCAAUGCUGACAGACACGGCGACGAUGAGUUCAAAGGAGGCGAAUUCGGAAAGUACAAGAGGAUGAUCGAAGACUCUAAGAAACCUUUCUAUCCUGGUUGUGGAUUGAAAUACUCAAGGCUAUUUGCAAUGGUGAAGCUUUUCCAGUUGAAAGCAAUCCACGAAUGGACUGAUGGCAGUUUCAAAGAGUUGUUAGCACUCCUUAAGGACAUGCUUCCACAAGGCAACACCGUCCCUGAGACCGUUUAUGAGGCCAAACAGAUUAUCUGCCCGUUGGGAUUGGAGGUGGAAAAGAUCCAUGCGUGCAAGAAUGAUUGCAUUCUCUAUCGUGGCUCGAAUUAUCAGGACCUUGAGAAGUGCCCUUUCCAGAACUGA